GGGGGUAGAGAACUUAAGUAUAUAAAUCAACGGCACAACGAUAGUUCAUCAAGUUCCAAACAUCGUCCACAUCGGUGAAUAUAAGCCCACAGAACUUCGAAAUGGCCCGGUGGCAAAAAAGUAACUCCAGUUGGAUCGUACCGAUUCUAUCGCUUGUGCUCGCUUUAGCGAUCCCAGCGACAAGCAAUCCCAUACCAGAACAGGAUGACCAUAUAUGUUAUAAGAGGCCUGGGCCAAAUCCCCAAGUGUUGGAAAAAGAAGGCGAUUCGUACGUCAUGAAACCAUCGAGCGAAACCAGCGGUUCUUACACAAAAGCUGCUGUUGCUGCAAGCUCUGUGCAAUGCGCUGACAUCGGUGCCAAAAUGCUGAAAAAAGGUGGAUCAGCAGUAGAUGCAGCAAUCGCUACACUUCUAUGCGAUGGAGUUGUCUCUUUGCAAGGAUUGGGAAUCGGCGGUGGUUUCUUGAUGACCAUCUGGGACGCCCAAGAGAAAAAGGCGUAUUUUUUGAAUGCUCGCGAAUACGCUCCUGCCGCUGCCCAUGAAACAAUAUUUACCGUCGCCAACAAGGGUGAAGCGUUCGCAGGUGGUAAAGCGAUAGCCGUUCCUGGAGAAAUCGCUGGUUAUUGGGAAGCACAUCAGAAAUUCGGUAAAUUGCCGUGGGCUGACCUGUUCGAGGAUACUAUUAAGAUUUGUGAAGAAGGGUCACACGUAUCAGCUUAUGUUGCUAAUGAUGUUAGGAAAGUUAAGAGCUAUCUAAACGACUCUGCAUACGGCUUUACUAAACCAUUGAAAGAUAUUCUGAUGAAACCGAAUAAUGCGAACGAACUGGUGGAUAUUGGAGAUAGAAUUAAUAGGCAAAAAUUGGCCAAGACUCUCAGAAAAAUCAGUCAGGGUGGCAAAGAGAUCUUUUACAAUGGAUCAAUCGCCGAUGAUCUGGUCGCAGACAUCAAAGCAGCCGGUGGAAUUAUUGAAAAGAAGGAUUUCCAAGAUUAUACAGUUACGUGGAAAACUCCAGUCAGUACAACCAUCAAAGGGAAAACGCUGUAUUCAGCUCCUACUCCUGGAUCUGGUGCCGUGCUGGCUUUUAUUCUUAACAUUCUCGAAGAUAUGAUAUCUGAAGCACCGAAUAAGAAUGUCAUGUACCAACGUAUUGCUGAAGCCUUCAAAUGGGGUUACGCUCGAAGAAAUGAUAUUGGUGAUUUUAUUGAGAGAGAUGAAUAUAACAGCAAAACAACUAAAGAGGACUGUGAAGUUCAGCCAAGUGAAGAAGAAAACUUGAAGAGUAAUGGUUAUUACUUCGUGAAACGAGAUGAUAAGACUUGGGACAAAGACUGUUUGAUGGCGGUCAUGUUGAAGAAGUUACUUAGCAAGGACUAUGCCAGAGAAAUUAGGGCCAAAAUCGAAGAUGAUAAGACCUAUAAUAAUUAUAGUCAUUAUGGUGUUGAAUACGAGGGAAGAAUGGAUAGGGGAACUGCUCAUGCUUCGGUAUAUGCUGAAGAUGGAUCCGCAGUUUCUGUGACAUCCACCAUUAACCAUAUUCUUGGCGCACUAGUUUUAUCCGAAAAAACAGGCAUCAUUCUAAACAACGAAAUGGAUGACUACAGUUACCCUGGUAUCGUUAAUGGUUUCCUGGUUGAACCUUCUGAGUUCAAUUACGUGAGACAAGGUUCUAAACUACGACCUAUGAGCUCGAUGUCACCAACAAUCAUUCUGAAUGAGGACCAAACGGUACGACUUGUCAUUGGAUCAGCUGGAGGUACAAAAAUCACAACUGGUGUAGCUCAAGGAAUAAUUAACAACAUAAUUUUGGGUGAAGAUAUCAAAACUUCUCUCGAAAAGCGAAGGAUCCAUCACAAUCUUUGGCCGAUGGCAGUACAAAUAGAGCCAGGUUUUGACACAGAAGUUAAGGAAUAUCUAGAAAGUAUUGGACACAACACUACUGGUUGGCUCGUAAUGACCAACACACUCGCUGCUGUUGCUGUAAAUAAGGAUGGCGUUACAGCUAGCGGAGACUUCCGACGACAAGCUGGAACCUGUGGCCUUUAACUCAUAAUCGAUUAUGCACAGUGCUCUCUAAAUCUGAAAGAGUGAAAAAUGACUCUAAAGAGUGAAAAAUUACCCGAAUUAGAGGCAAAAUUGAGUCACUCUUUGCAAAGAGUGACUCAAUGUUAACUCGUAGUGAGUCAUUUUUCACUCUUCCAGAUUGUGAUUCUGCCGUAACUGGCUCAAAACGGGCACACAAAUGUUCUAUGCUAAAAUCGACUAUUUUUAACCUGCCGGACGGUUAUUCUACUUGUAAUUACAUACAAAACAAGUCCCUAAAGCUAAACCACAACAUAUUACUUAUAAAAAGUUAUGUUAAGAAUCCAUAUUUGACUAGGUUACGGAACUGACAUUUUUGUAAUUCGCUACUAAAACUCCAUUAAAUUUUAAUUUAACUAAUA